UAAGUACUAUAAAUAGUACAACAUUGUGUAUUUUAUUGCGCUCUAAAAUUCUUACUUACUUACUCCAAUUGUUCUACUUUUAAACAUACCACCCGACCAUGACAUUAAAAGUUUUCUUAAUUAGAUUUUUAUUUAUAAAACUAAACCCAUUAAUUCCGGAUGGAUACAUAUGUAUUUACUUAAGCGACAUUUUUAGUACGUGACAAGUACUUUCUCUAAUUCCGGUGCAUCCGAGAUGCACGCGUACUAUUAUUAUUAUUCAACCUGGAUGCAUACCAAACGGUCCAGUAUUGCGAAAAUUAAAAGACCGUAUCACCACGAGAGUAACCAUAACAGUUCAACAUAACGGUUCUGAAAUGAUCGAACGAUGGUGUAUCCACAAUUAGAAUUUAUCAGCCAGUCUAAAAGAAAGUCUCCACCACCUCGGAAGGAACCAACAUAACUAUGCAUUACUCAUCCGGAUGGUACGUCAAUUGCAGGUACCAUUCGCCAGUUGAUUGUCUCCUGAAGCAUUGUUGUACAUAAGGUCAAGGUGGUUCUGUGUCAGUGGUACUACGAUUGGUGUGUUCCAGUGACAAGCCGACUUGUUUUUUUAAGACAUUUCUUAGUUUAUUUGGCUCAAGUUCGUCAAGUGUUCGUACGUGGUUAGGCUCAGUUACAGCAAUUAAUAAAGUGACUAUUAUCUUUUACACGUGGGACUGAGAAUUGAAGAUGUAUUGUUCGUUGGCGCUAAGUUGUAAAUCUUUGAGAAUUACACGAAGAUGAUUGUAUAAAAAGACAUGAAGGUGCAAAUGUAUUUAUUAAAGCAAUGAAGAACAUUUUAUUGGUGAUAAUGCUCGUCAUUUUAAGUUGCCAAUGGUGCUCAGCAAACAAUUUAAAUUAUGCAACUAAAGUAUCCAUUAUUCAACCAAAGAAACUUACCAUUUACGAUAUAGCAGCUAGAAGAAUCAUCUCAGUUUGGGAUGCAGUUAUUGGAAGAAAUAACAACGAAGGAAUUAUAGGUCGGUGUUUUGGUAUGGCCAGAAAACUAAAAAUGCUGAUGCCGCUAAUGAUCUUUAAACUAGGAGUGAUUGUUACCAUUUUAGUGUUUCUAACGAUAUUUUCCCUGAAAAGUUUGGCACUUUUAGUGGGGCUUAUUGUAAUGAAUGUGGGGGGUAUAGCUUCAAAGUUUGCCCUGCUUAAACAUGAUAGCGGGGGGCACAGUCCCCCCCAAAAUGUGCACUUUCAUAUACAUCCUGGGAAGGAUGGAAAUUUCCAUAGUGCCCCUAGUGCACCCUGGGAUCGCAUGGAGGAUGAGGGGUCUUUUGAAUCUACAGGGUCUUCAAAUUUGUAUAAUAAAUUGUUAAGAAAUCCUAAUUUUAAGAGUAAUUUAAUUUACCAUGAUAGUUCUAAUAUGUAUAAUUACACAUAGCCAGCU